AGAGCAGGCACAUAAAACAUCCUCAAACAGGAAGCGUGAGAACCAGAGGACAAGAUCACUACAGGGCAUGAAGUACGCUUCAAAUGAUCAAAUAAUCGGACAGUUGGAAGUUAUUUACACUGAGGCGAGGCAACAAUCCUGAUGAACCACACAAACCAAACAGAGGAAGACCUCUUCUCCUGCUACAGUCCAUCGGUCGUAGGUUACCGAUACUUUGCUGUGCUGUGGGGAUGUGCUGUGACCAUCAUUGGUACGUUAGGGAACCUGAUGACCAUUCUAGCCUUCACCUUAGACCCACGUCUGAGGACUCGCUUUAAUGCACUCAUCAUCAACCUGGCUGUAGCUGACCUCCUAUACUCCACCAUACUGCAGCCUAUCUUAGUUGACUCGUAUUUACACCUCAGGUGGCGCAGUGGUCAGCUCUGGUGCAGCAUCUUUGGACUGCUCCUUUUCCUCUCCAACUCUGUGUCCAUCAUCACCCUUUGCUUGGUAGCAUUGAGCAGAUAUCUUCUGGUUGCAAAAAGGGCCAUGUUUGACCGUAUCUUCUCCAACCAUGGUCUUAUUUUACUCCUGACGUCAGUGUGGGCACUAGGUCUUGCCAGCUUUGGCCCACUCUGGCAUGUUUACGUGUUUGUGCCACAAGUGUGCACAUGCAGCUUCCAUCGGACCAGGGGUCGCCCCUACACCACCAUCCUGCUUUUUGUCUACUUCUUUGUUGGUUUGGGCUGUGUUGGCGUAUUCUACUUCCUCAUUUACAGACAUGUCAUGAUUGCAUCGCAAGCUCUGGUCCGCUACAGAUUCAGCCGAAGGUCAUCUAGAAGGAAUGCAGCUUCUCAAUCACAGGGGACUGAUGACAGUGGUGUAGAGACUGGUAUUGCCAACACAUGUAGCUGUGAACUGAGCAGCAAGCUGGAAAAAAACCCAAACCAGGAAGAGAUCACCUGUAAUAAGUGCUCCCAAUCUACACAGGACUCAAUUACUGCUUCAAAUCCACCCAUUGAUACCGUCUCGAUACCAGCUUCACCGACACCUGCUCCCCAAAUCGCAGCACCUUCGUACUCCACAGCCUCAAGUGGAGAUGAUAAGGAAAUGAAGCAUGUAACUUCCACGUGUUUAAUUGUUUUCCUGUGUUUUGCAUUCUGCUUUGUUCCAUUCCUGUUGAUUAACAUAGCCGACAAACACAACCGUGCUCCACAGUUACUUUACAUGUUCUGUACAAACCUUACCUGGCUCAACAGCUGUAUCAACCCAAUACUUUAUGCUGUCAUGAACAGACAGCUUCGCCAAGCCUAUCACAAACUGCUCACCAGGGCUGUUGUAUAAUUCACCUGCCAGAGAUCCUGAUUUACUACAACUUGCAGAGUGCUAAUUGUAAAACAUAAACCCAGACACGAGUGAUUUUAGGAUCAGAUCUUCAAGGGUGCUCAACUCCUAAAUAAAAUGUGACAUUUUGAGACACUAUAUAAUCCUCCUGCUAAACCACUAACUUCAAGAACAAUAAAUACUUUCCUACAUGUAAAAAUUUUAUUCAUAACAAUAAUAUUAAUAUGAAGUCACACAUAUUUUACACUACAGAAUAGUUUUAAGGAGAUGAAAGUAGAAAUUAGCUGUUUUUGCAAAAGCUUUAAAUUGGUACAGGUAAUAUUAUUGUUAUCAUGAAAUUAUUAUUUGUACAUUAUUUUGUAAGCAGUUCAGCAUAACUCUUCUCAUUGUUGAGCCAUAUUUUAAUGCCAAUACCAUUAUACUAUUAUAUCAACGUUUUGAAUGCAGGGCUUUUAAAUGUAACAUGCAUCUCAACCUUAUUUAAAAUUACUACUUUUACUAAAGUAAAUUAUCUUGACAUUUUUAGGAUGGAAGUAAGGGUCCUAAAAUAGGCUCGAUCUUAAUAUUUUCUCACUAAAAAUAACCCACCUUUUGCAUCUCUGGGGUUUUCUGCUAUUUGUGAGUAAGAAAAUGAAAUAUUUUCUUACGCAUCCUGACAGGGAAUUAUCAUUUAGAAUUUAGUUUUUUACUACUUGUUACCUGUGAUAUUGUGAUGUAAAAAUUGUCAACUUACUCUCCUACUGUCCUAAGAUUCAUGCAGUUCUAAACUCUCCACAUUAAUAUUAAACACGAUGCAAUGUUAUCACAAGGCAUUCUUAACGUUAGUUUUCAACCCAGAGCUUUUAACCACCGGAUUUAAGGAAGGCUUAUAUCUUUGGCUGGUGCUUAAGGAAAAAUAACUUCUACUCCCCCAACCUUUUUUAUUUUUUUUAUAUGUACAUUGUUCUUCUUCUUGUGUCCUUUUAUUUCUCUUCUGAAUUUAAAGUAUUCUAGUCCAUCAAUUCACAUUCAACACAUAACCCCUCAUUUUGUGGGAAACCUGCACAGCCUUUGCAAGAGGAUUGAUUAUAUCACACUCUGCCACACAGAGGCACCAGAAGCUGGAAAAUCUUUAGAAACUGAACUUCUAGAUAAAGAAAGAGCCUAUAUUAACACGCCAUCGCCUACUUUAUGGACUGAAAUAUCUGCCAACCAAUCAGCUAUUAAUUGUCUCCUUACUAGUAAUGUAGAGAAACAAAUCAGGUAAACUAAACAGAAGUUUUAUGAACAUGGAGACAAACCAAGAAAAUGUCUGCAUAUCUAGUAAAUAAAGAGUAGGAUCUCAAUCACAGAUGGAACAGAUGUCUCUAAUUCUGGGGCUCCAAAGUAGGAAUACUGCAGCUGGUAAAAUGAUAUUUAACAUUCUCACCUUUGCUGUCAUGAAAUAUAUAUUAUUAUAUAACACAUGAUAUUAUUACAAUCGACUAGUGAUGAAGACUCUUCUGUUAAAGGAUGGUGUAAAGUCAUAUCUGAACUGGUUUACCUUAGAAUAACUUGCAAGUACUUUACAUGC